AAGAGGCGGUGGCAGAAAGGCGCUUUGUUGGGAUCCGGCCCCAGGCUCCCCCGCGGAGGCCAGGGAUGCGCUGCGGGGGGCCCCGCGAAGACUGAGCGCCCCCUCCCUCGGGGGGCUGGAGGGCCGGAGCCCCCCCGAGGGCGACGCCGAGGGUCCCGGUGCCCUGACCCUUCCCCCAGCCCGCCGGGCUGACACCUGGCGCCGAGCCGAUGCAUCACAGAAUGAAUGAGAUGAACCUGAGUCCUGUGGGGAUGGAGCAGCUCGCUUCAUCCUCAGUAAGCAAUGCCUUGCCAGUCUCAGGAAGUCACCUCGGCCUGGCUGCCUCCCCUACUCACAAUGCCAUCCCUGCCCCAGGACUGCCAGUUGCAAUUCCAAACCUCGGUCCCUCCUUAAGCUCUCUGCCUUCCGCCUUGUCUCUGAUGCUCCCAAUGGGCAUUGGCGAUCGGGGGGUGAUGUGUGGGAUACCAGAGAGGAACUACCCUCUGCCACCCCCGCCGUACCCACACCUGGAGAGCAGCUACUUCAGGCACAUUCUGCCCGGCAUCUUAUCUUAUUUGGCCGACAGACCGCCUCCUCAGUACAUCCACCCGAACUCCAUCAGUGUGGACAGCAAUCCCGCACUGGCCGUCUCCAGUAACCCCUCGGCGUUAGACCCCUAUCAGCCCAGCGGCAGCGUCGGCCUGGAGCCCGGCAUCGUCCCUCUGGAUUCCCGGGCAGUCAGUGCCCACGGGGCCCAGAGCCUCCACGCUGGUGACGGCCACGAGGUGGCCCUGGACACCGCCAUCACCAUGGAGAGCGUCUCCAGGGUGACCAGCCCCAUCUCCACAGACGGCAUGGCGGCCGAGGAGCUGACCAUGGACGGGGUUGCAGGGGAGCACUCACAGAUGCCAAAUGGUUCCAGAAGCCACGAACCUUUAUCCGUGGACUCAGUUGGUAGCAAUUUGGCAGCAGACCCUGUGGGACAUGGGGGUGUGCUCCCUCUUCAUGGGAAUGGCCUGGAGCUCCCUGUGGUCAUGGAGACUGAUCACAUAGCGGGACGAGUCAGUGGGAUGCCCGACAGUGCCCUCAGUGAUUCCAUCCACACCGUGGCCAUGAGCACCAACUCCGUCAGUGUGGCCCUGUCUACCUCACACAGCCUUGCCUCCCUGGAGUCCGUUUCCCUGCAUGAAGUGGGCCUCAGCCUUGAACCCGUGGCUGUGUCCUCCAUCACCCAGGAGGUCGCUAUGGGGUCAGGCCACGUAGAUGUGGCUUCAGACAACCUCUCCUUCGUGCCACCAUCCCUGCAGCUGGAAGACUCCAACUCCAACAAGGAGAACAUGGCGACCUUGUUUACCAUCUGGUGCACACUUUGUGACCGAGCCUACCCCUCCGAUUGCCCUGACCAUGGACCCGUAACCUUUGUUCCAGACAGCCCAAUAGAGAGCCGGGCCAGGCUGUCUCUCCCAAAGCAGCUCGUCCUCCGCCAGUCUCUCAUGGUGGCAGAUGUGGGUGUAUGGACUGGAGAAACCAUUCCCGUGCGGACUUGCUUUGGGCCACUGAUUGGCCAGCAGAGCCACUCUAUGGAAGUAGCAGAUUGGACAGACAAGGCGGCUAAUCAUAUCUGGAAGAUGUACCACAAUGGCGUCCUCGAAUUCUGUAUCAUUACAACGGAUGAAAAUGAAUGUAACUGGAUGAUGUUUGUGCGCAAAGCCAGGAACCGGGAAGAACAAAAUCUGGUCGCUUAUCCUCACGAUGGAAAAAUCUACUUCUGCACCUCCCAGGAUAUCCCUCCGGAAAAUGAGUUGCUGUUCUAUUACAGCCGGGAUUACGCCCAGCAGAUUGGUGUUCCUGAGCACCCAGACGUGCACGUUUGUAACUGUGGCAAGGAGUGCAACUCCUACACAGAAUUCAAAGCUCACCUGAGCAGCCACAUCCACCACCACCUCCCGAGCCAGGGCCACGGCGGCGGCCACGGGCCCAACCACAGCAAGGAGAGGAAGUGGAAGUGCUCCAUGUGUCCGCAGGCGUUCAUCUCGCCAUCCAAGCUCCACGUGCAUUUCAUGGGCCACAUGGGGAUGAAGCCCCACAAGUGUGACUUCUGUAGCAAGGCUUUCAGCGACCCCAGCAACCUGCGCACGCACCUGAAGAUCCACACAGGCCAGAAGAACUACCGCUGUGCGCUGUGUGACAAGUCCUUCACCCAGAAGGCUCACCUGGAGUCGCACAUGGUCAUCCACACCGGCGAGAAGAAUCUCAAGUGUGACUACUGUAACAAGCUCUUCAUGCGGCGGCAGGACCUCAAGCAGCACGUGCUCACCCACACACAAGAGCGGCAGAUUAAGUGUCCCAAGUGCGAGAAGCUCUUCCUGAGGACAAAUCACUUGAAGAAGCAUCUCAACUCCCACGAAGGAAAGCGCGAUUACGUCUGUGAAAAGUGCUCCAAGGCUUAUCUGACCAAAUACCACCUCACGCGCCACCUGAAGAUCUGCAAAGGCCCAGCCUCCGGCUCAUCAGCCCCGGAGGAGGAGGACGACGACGACUCAGAGGAGGAGUUAGGAGACCCCGUGGGAGCCGAGGAGUGUGGGCUGAGCGGGGCAGUGUAUGCCGCUGCCACCGCCGCUGCCGAUGACGGCCUCCCCGCGCACAACUUUUUAUUUCUUUCCAGCCAGUGGCCAGAACGGACCGAAUGAGAAUGGGCAGAGCGCUUGAGGAAGCCUGUAUCCUCAUUUCCACAGCCAUGAGAGGAGAGCAGGCAGCAGGGAGAGAGCGGCAGCCUCCCAGGGCCGUGUCUGAGCCGUUUAGAGCCUCCGCUUGCAGUGACACUGAGCGAGUCAGACUGUGGCAGAUGCCAUCCCGAUGGCACCUCGAAGGUCAGGGCUUGCCCCCUCAGCUCCCUCGGGUACGGUAGCACAUCACAGAGUCACUCCUGAGGCUCCCCCCCAAAGGAAGGGUCGUGGCCUAAGGGUUGCGGUCUAACUUUGGCUGUUGUGUGGGCAUUCAAAGCAGCUUUCUCCUUGGGCCCAGACUCGCCUGUCCACGUCCACCGCCAGGCUCUGGGGCACUGAUGGCUCAUGGGGUGGGGGGUGGGGGGUGACAGGAUAGCUACCCAGGGACCACCAGCUACCUGGAGACCAAGGGACUGAGGCUAGGCAGCUGUGUACAAGGGGGGAGAGUGGACAAGGCCCCUGAAAGAGGGGCCUGCCAGGGGUUAGAGGUGGGCACCACUGGCAGAGUUCUCUUGGCCAGAGCAGUGAGGUGGUCCCUGGAACGGCCGCCAGGCAAAAACAGAGAAGGAUCAGCGACAUUUAGGCGAGACCCAGGAGCUUUUCCAUCUGAACAGCUUUGCCUUCCAAGGAGGGGUCAUGGGCCUCCAGGGCAACCUGACACCAGAGGGGCAUAUGAGAAACCGGGACGCGCCAGUGCCCAGGAGACAGUGUGGUGCUGCCGGCAGGCCUCUUCUCAGGCUGCCGACUCAGAGCAUGGGGCGCCCUGCUGGCUGACACCGUUUCUGGUGCCAAUCCCAUGUAGACGAGACUGGGAAGGUAUUGCUGCUAUUCUAUUUAUUGAAUGAAUAUAUUUCAUUCAAACCUGUACUCUAGGAAAAAUUAAAAUCAAAACCAUUUUUUAAAGAAAA